AUGUCGGAGGACGAUGUUGACGUGAUGGGCGUCGAGGGGCAGGGCGGCCCAGCACGUGUCGAUCGCGACCGGAGAGCGCCCCGUUUCAGCUGGACCCCGGCAUACGAAGCGACCUUCUUCCGGAGUCUCUGCGAGAGCGUCAAUCUGGGGUUGCGGGAGAACAGCAGCUUCAAGGCCGAGGCAUGGGAACGAGCCGCGCAGGCUCUGCAAGCGACGCACGGCGCGUACCCUGCCAAGAGCCACCUCAUCAACAAGAGCGACAAUGCGAGGAAACGAUUCCGCCUCUGGCGAGGUCUUCGUGAGGAUCCAGAAUUCAUUUACAACCCACACGCGCGCACCGUCACAGCGACCGAGGAGGCCUGGAGGGCACAUAUCGAGAAAGAACCGCUGUCACGAGCGUUGCGAGGACGGCCGUAUGAACACGAAGACUUUAUGGAAAUUCUUUACCCUGACGUGAUAGGAUCAGGGGGUGCCCCCAAGAGGAUAAUGAAGCCUAGAAGGCGGACAGAUGGCGCGCUGGGAGACGACAUUGAAAUGCCAGGCACAGGCGUGCUCAAUCUGGCGCCAGAGGGACAAGGCUCGCUAGCCAGUCCAAGCCAGCAACCGAGACCGACGCUCAGCCAGACGGCCUCCGGAUCGUCCAGCGGGUCGUUCCCUGCCCAGCCGAUGCAACCGCCAGCCAUGGCUCCAAACCUAAUGCCCACACCUAUGGCCUCCGUCAGCUCAGGCUCAGGGAGUGCGCUCACACCUCCAGAUGAGAUACCAGGGCAGAGCCAGAGUCACAAUCUGGCGCGCAAACGCCGUCAAGGGCCAGCCACGGGGUCUGUGGACGAAACGGCAUCUCCGGGGCUGGCGGACACCUCCACGGCAUUCUCCCCGCACAAGCGGCGGCGCAUGUCAUCGAGAGACGUGCAAGCUGGGUCGAGCACGUCUGCACAAGGAGGCAUCGGUGCGCUGGGGUCUUCAACCGUUGCGCAGGCCGCAACUCCCUUUGUCGAGGAGAUUCUCGAGGCAAUGAAGGCCCGCGCACUGCCGCGGUGGAGGGAACAGGCCCUCGACAUGUUCUUCCGUGAUUUCGCCGCCGAAGAGUACGACUUGCAGGUCAAAAUAUCUGAAAACGUGCUCAGCAACGAGCACAAGGCCAUGGUCUUUUGCAAGAUGCCCGAGCGAGUGCGGCAGCAUUGGGUCAGCAAGUUUCGCGAGAUGCACCAGCUCAACAACAGGACGACAUAG